CUCGAGGACGUGGGCGUGCCCGCAGCGCCCCAGGGGCGGGGCUUCUCGCCUGCGUCACGCGCCUGUGUUUGUAUCUGCGCGUGUUUGGGGGCGCGGAGGGCGCUUCCGGCUGGCGGAGAGGAGAAGCAGCGGCGGCGAGGCGCCACCAUGCCCGUGAGUGGGUGCCAGUCUGAAGGCGGGCGGCGCGGCGAGGGUUAAUGGGGGAAGGGGGCAGAAAGAGGAGAGGACCCCCCUCGGCUCUGCCGGUCGGGGGGCGGCUUGUCCCAUUGCCGAACAGGAGAGAAGGGGUGUGCGGGAUGUUCCACUCUGUUUAUGGGCGGGGGUGGAGCAGGACGUUUACGGUGCUGGAGGGUGGGGGGGUGUAAAAAAGAAAAGAAAAAGCACUUAUUCUACUUUCUGCGCACCCUCGUAGCAGUUAUAGCCACACACAAACACUUCGCCACGAUCAACGCCUCCGCCCCCAUGACAGGUCGUAUGCAUUGAUCCCAAACCCAUCAUCAGACCCAUGCCCUUUCCCCGGAGAGGAAUUCCCGGUGCCCACGGACUCCUGGCCACAGGCCAGCUGCGAAACCAGGCAGCUCUUUCUGCCUCCCCACCACCACACGCUUCCCCUUUAAUGCGAUGUGCCAUAUGGAUUCCUAGCCAGGGUGCAGCUGUUAACUCUUUACCUGGGGAUGGAUACUGGGCAGUGCGUGGAUCACUCUGGUGGAAGCACCAGAGCUCCCUGGAGUCUCAAAAUUAAGUGUCAGAAUAGGGGUGCAUAUAGGUGGAAUAUAGCUACAUAACUGAGCAGAUGGCCUGGUAGUGUGGGGUGGCCCCCUUUCACUUUGGCAUCUAGCUCAGGUAUUUUACAGUUUUCUAGUCUGCUUUUUAGUUUAAUUUUACCAUCCUGCAUUUUGAGGCACUUGGUGCAGACAGAUGGCAAUCUUCAAAGUCCUUUUCCUUAGAGUCAGCUUAUUCCUUUCAUCAUCACCACUCACAGGCACCUACUGGUGUUACAGUGGCUAAUUUUAGAAUCCACAACAGGCUGUCCAAGGAGAGACAUCUCUCUCUUACACACACACACACACACACACACCCAGCACCUUUUAGUUAUUCAAUGCACUCUUUCCAGGAUCUGGGACUCCUUCUGUUUACAACCAAGUCAAUAUAGUAUUGAGCAAAUGCAGCACACAACGGCUGUUGCCAUAUGGCGAAUACUCUAACCCAGUGGUUCCCAAUUAGCUAAUUACUGAGGACCCCCUAUUUUUCAAAAGCCAAUGAUAGUUACUUUUACAAAGCAAUUUUCUGAACAAAAUAUGGGGUAGCAUCUAAUAAGCAAAGGAUUCUAGGUAUACUAAAAACCAGACUAGAGCUGAGCGAUACCUAGUUUUCAACAUCGUGGUAUAUCAGCAACUAAGCAUCACAAUAUUCCAAUAUAUCACAAUGUCUGAAAUGGGAGAUUAGCGUGGGGGAGAAGGGAAGGGGCAGCCGUGGUGAUAGGAUGGGUGGAGGGAGGAGAGCAAAUGGAGUCACAUCAAGCUGCCUUCAGCGAAGAUGCACAUCCACUGUGGCUACUCCUGCUUUCCUGCUGGCUAGCUCCGCCUCAAUGCCAGGGGAAGGUAGUGCCAUGGUGCCUUGAAGUGAGGGUGAUAAGUUGCCCUGUUCUAAAAUCAGCAGCAGUUAUCAGCAGCAUUAUCAGCUGAGAGCUUUAUGUGAUAUCGAGAGUACCUUGAUAUAUUGCUAUGUAUUGUCAGGUCAAAAUUCUUAUCGCACUGUGAUUUCAAAACCAAUUUUGGCCAAUAUAUUGAAAAAUUGCACAGCGCUAAAACAGACCAUAAAGUUUGUGUUAUUGCCAUACAAAAAUAACACAAAUUUAGUUGGAGCGGCAAGGAAUGGGGCCGCAGACCCCCUGGGUGCGUUCUCCGUGGAGCCCUAAUUGGGAACCACUGCUCUAACCCAUAAGAGGAGUGUUCUUGUGAUGUUAGUUUUUGGUGGAAAAGGUGGGAAGAGGUAAGCAGAGGCGGCAGUGGGCACAGGCUGGAUGCCAUUGUGGAUUGUAGAGUGAGGAGUAGAAAGAUCAGGCUUGGGGAUCUUUGGGUCCCCAACUGUUGUUAUGGGGGAUUGUGCCCUGUGUUGCUACCAUUUGGAUUUUUGUGGCUUGGGCACCUAAAUGGUUUGGGAGAACCCUGAGAGAAAUACCCAACAUAGGUGGGCUAGGAUUAGGGAGACCAGGGUUCAAAUUCCCACUCACUGGGGCUGAAGCUCACUGGGUGACCUUGGGACAGUCACUGCCUCUCAGCCUAACCUACCUCACAAAGUUGUUGUGGGGAUUAAAUGUAUGCCACCUUGAGCCCCUUGGAGGAAAGGUGGGAUAUAAAUGAAAUAAUCCUUGCAGGGAAAAGCGAGAUAUAUAAAAACCAACAACUAUAAUUAAUAAUAUUCAGUAGAAAACACCUCUUUCAGCAAAGUUAGCAAACUCUGCUUUGUUGUACUCAUGGCAAUAACUCCUUAAUAUCUCACACAGCUGACCAGAGACUUAAUUCACCCAUCCCUAGAGGAGGAAAAGAGAAAACACAAAAAGAAACGUCUGGUCCAGAGUCCAAAUUCCUACUUCAUGGAUGUCAAGUGUCCAGGUAACUAUUCUUUAAAGUGUUCUUUCCUGUAAAGGACCACAGAAAACUUGUAGUAAGACAGCUUUUGGCAAUCUAGUGUUCCAAAACAUCUGGAGGAUUGGCAAAGACUGCAAUAAGAGAUAAUGGCCUGCCACUUGAAUUUGCAUAUUAACCUCUUCUCUUCUGGAGUAAAAGUACUGCGAAGGCACAUGCAGUGGAUCUGUGUAAUUUUCUUCAUUACUUUUAUCAUUUAUCGGUUCCCGGGAAUAAAAAAGAAGCAGAUUCCUUGAGAAUGAAUUGUAAUUAUUCCACUUUAUGCCUUACCUGCUUCAACAUCCCAAUGAGCAACAAAUAACGCUCAUUUAUUGAAGAAUUAAUUUAGUCCUGUAUCCAUAACAAAAAAUGUUCAAUGGUCUUGAUAAAUCCCUGAUUUGUAAGAUUGGUUAUUUAUCCAACACUAGACAAUUUAAUAGUCUCAUAAGCAAAUAUUUUUAAGAAAUCUCAUUGACCAUAAAACUUUAAAAUAUAAAGGCUGCGAGGGGAAUUACUUUUAGGAAAAACCAGGUACUUAUUUCUUUCUGCAGUUUUGAACAAUGGCAUCUGCCAGUCCUGCUGGCAGUGUAACAUUCACUGGUGUGGCUCAUUUUUCACUUUCAUUACUGAAACACUGCAGCAACUUAUCAGAAGAGUUUAUUCAAAAGGUCAGGUUGAUGAAAUAGUUUCUUCCUCCUAAAGGUUGAAAGUGUAAUUAAUGGGAGAUAUUGUGUGUGUGUAUCAAACCUUUUACAAGUGCUAUCCAAGUACACCAGUGUUGUUUACAGACUGCAAUCCUUUGCAUACCUAUCUAUUCCCACUGAACUUGGUGAGACUUACUCCUAAGUGUGCAUGAGGUUUAUUACAUUUUUCAGCCUGCUGCCUACAUAUCUAGUUUGUGCUUCUGGAAUUGGCUUUUUAAGGCUAAAUGUUGUCUAAGGAUGAAAAUGUUGCAUCUGACAUUCUCUUACUUGCUGCAGCAAGAGGACAAAUCUUUUAUCUUCUAUUUAUCAGCUCUUCAGGUAUUUGAAGAGCGUGAUCAUGUCUCUGUCUUCUCCAGGCUCAACAAUACCCAGUACUUCAACCUCCCUCAUAGCAGUCAUUUCCUAUACCUUGACCAUCCCCACUGUCCUCCUCUGAACUCAUUCCAAUUUUUCUUAAACUGUGUUUCCCAAACCUAAACACAAUACUUCAGUUGAGGUCUGACUAGUGCAGAAUAAAGUUGAACUGUCACUUCUUGUGACUAUAGUUUUAUUAAUAUAGCUUAAAAUAGCAUCAGUCUUUUUUCAAGCAGUUUCACACUGCUGACUCAUGUUCAGCUUGUUGGUGACUACAAUCCUGCCAUCCAUUUCUACAAUCAAUUUAACUGUAGGGCCAAACAUUGUUUGUAAAAUCAUACAUACACCCUUUGGUUUUCUUAAGGUAUGAAGCUUGUUGCAUUUCUUUGAAAAGUUCUACAGUGGUACCUCGGGUUAAUUCGUUCCAGAGGUCCAUUCUUAACCUGAAACUGUUCUUAACCUGAAGCACUACUUUAGCUAAUGGGGCCUCCUGCUGCCACUGCGCCACCGGAGCACGAUUUAUGUUCUUAUCCUGAAGCAAAGUUCUUAACCUGAAGCACUAUUUCCGGGUUAGCGGAGUCUGUAACCUGAAGUGUAUGUAACCUGAAGCGUAUGUAACGUGAGGUACCACUGUAUUUUUGUUUUUGCAAUUGUAAAUAUCUGUGAUCUGUGUGACACCAGUACACAUGUACAAAACCCCUUUUUUUCUCAUGGGCAAAUGGGUUUGAGAAACACAUUAAGAGUCUCUUCCUUUCUCUUCAUAAAUGAGCAGUGUAACUGAAAUACACUGACUGUCUUGUUGGGAUACUGCCAGGGAGACAGAGUCCAUCUCGGCCCCACGUCGAUUCCGGACGUCCAUCGAUCUCCCGUAGACACGCAGUAUCAGCUAUUAGCGACACGAGCUCCAGAAAUAGAAUGCCACAUUCCAGAGCUGAUGCACACUCUAUCAGCAGAUAAUGCACAGCGAAAGACGCACUCAGGAGAGCAUUAUUUACAAGUUUUAUUCAGCGUUGAUCAGAACAAAGAAAACAUGACUGCCAGCUUCAGUGUCUCUGAGACAGAGAGAGAAACGAAAGCAAAGACACAACAGAAACAUCCUGUGAACAGGAAAUACACAGACUUUGUGACUCACAAAGCCUGCUCCCUUUUAAGGUGGAACGGAAAUAUCCUAACAUGUCUAACCAUUGGCACACACUCUGAGAACAACUUCAGAGCAUGUCUAUUUUUAUGAAAUUAAAUAAAGUUGUACAGGGGAAGAGACCCAGAUUCAAGGUACCACGCAGUUAUGGACAGCACUUGGUGGCCUUAAAAAACCAAGUCACUUGUACUAAUAGUAACACAGAGGCAAGAAAGACCUGAGAGGGCAAUGCACAUUAUUUGACAUCCCAGUCUAGCAUUAGGUAAUAUGUUGGACACUCAGUGUAGUAUCAGUGUGUAUGUCCAUUGGAAUGAAAAAAAUAUGCUUUUUAAAAUUCAGGAUGCUACAAGAUCACCACAGUAUUCAGCCAUGCUCAGAUAGUGGUGCCCUGUGUAGGAUGCUCGACUGUCUUGUGCCAACCAACAGGAGGCAAAGCCAGACUCACAGAAGGUAGGGGAAAACCACCUUGCUCCUUUAAUCAGGCUUCUUCUGCGCAGCUACACCAUUUAUGCCAUGACCUUAGUAUUCAUUAACACAGGCAGCUUAUUCAGGCAGUCUAUGUGUUGAAAUAAAUUGUUGAUUUUAUCUCCUAAUGUAUUUGUAGAUUUCAGAAUUUCCCAGCCUGCUGGCUGGGACUUAUGAGGAACAUAUGGUGGGGACCAGAUUUGGGAAGGCUGUUCUAGAGCCAUAGGGAUUACCCAUAGUUCAUUGAUUCAACACAUGCAUAAAGUAUUAGCUUCAGUCCCUGUCAUCUUCAAUUAAUGGCUUUUGGAUAGCAGAGCCAAGAAAAACCUGUGCCUGAAACGAACAGAAGAGUAAAUAUUGGGCUAGAUAGAUCAAUGGUCUGACUCGGUAUGUGGCAGAUUGGUUUGCUCAGUUCUGCACAAAACAGCUUUAAUGUUAAUGAUUGGGCAUGCAUCUGGAAAUAUACUUAAACAUCUUCAACCAUUGAAGGGGUAGGGUUGUUGUUUUUUGGCAGAAUUUAGAACACAGCAUUAAAAUUCUUCUCAGAAACAAAAAGUGGGGCAUCAGCACUUGAGGAAAAGCAUAUAAUAAGCAUAUAUAAGGCAGGGCCUUGGAUGUAGGGAGUGGCUGGCUAGAAGACUCAAAUUUUCUGGAAUGCCAACCAGUCCACACACAUUUAGCAGAAAUUGCCGCUGAUCAGUGCCUAGUCUGGAUGGAAGGUCAGGGGAAUACGCCAUUUCUUAAAAUUCUGUUCAUUCUAGUGUGGCUAAAGUUGAAUCACAAAUGCAAGGGCUCUUAAAAACCUAGAUGAGCAAAUGGGUUCAAUGUUAAACGAGAUUCUCAGCUGGCAGAAUUGCAGCUUGGCAAAAUUCCCAGAACUAUUAAGUCCAGAGGUGCCGUUGAAGUUAAAAUUCUUAACCGAAAGAUUUCCUAGUUGUUGAGCUACUCUGCAUUUCAAUAGGUAAAAAUAUUCUAAAGGUAAAUUAACUGAGUGCAGUUCAAUUAUGGGAGAUAACGCACUAGGAUGGCAAGGCAGGGGACAGUGAGAGUUGAAUUUCUUUAAAGGGAACUGAGAAUAUGAUAUAAAGAUCAGUCAUUCUGGCAGGGGGUGGGGGGAAUCCCUACAGGGAGACAGAAAGAAUAUAAGCAUUAAUGCAAGUUUCCCAGUGAGAACAAUUUGACAAGGGAAACUCUGCACACUUGGAUAUUUACAAACACGAACAUCUGCUGGGGUUAUUUUACAAGUAGGAGCUUUGAUUUUCAUGUCACUGUCUGCAGUCUUUAUAAGCUCUUUGGAUCUCAUGUAUGGUACUAUUUCUUUACAGGUUGCUCAUUUAGAAGAAAGCAACACUGAAGAAUUCCUGUGCUGCUGUAAAUGAUACCACUGGAAGCCUUAUGUUUGACAGUGCUGCUUAAUCUAGCAAGUUAAUUAUGUCUAGCUGUGGGGUGGGGUUUUGUGCAGAUUUUGUGUCUAUGUUUAGGGGUAACCAAACUCUAUUUUUAUAGCUUUUAUUAUACAAUGAACCUUGAAUGAAUAAGGCUGUUAAUUAUGUCAUUUGAAUGCUUUUAGUGCAUUUUUCUUCGCAGUAACAACCGGCUGAUCACUAUGGUGAAGAAAUUCAAAUGCCGGUCUUUAAAAAACUUCAUAAGAAGGGAACAGUUUUUAUAUUUUAACCCUGCUGGUUUUGCAGCUAUAGGGCCUAGUCUUCUUGGAACUUCUGAUUUGCAAAUCUCCACUGAAAUGAAUAAAAGCUAUGCAAGAAGAAACAUAGCUUACCGGUACUUGGGAAGGACUGUAACUCCAUGGCUGAACAUCUGCUUUGCAUGCAGUACCCAGCACCCAUAGGUGGGGCCGGGAGAGACGACUCCUUGAAUUCCUGGAGAGCUGCUGCCAGUCAGUAUAGACAAUUUAUGUUAAGAUAAGUAAUUCUACUUACUUCCAGCUGUGGGUCCUCCACCUCGAUCCCGAUUCUCCUCAAACGAUUCGGGAUGUCCCUCCCCGUUUCAUGGAUGCAAAAGAUCAAGAUUAUAUAUUAAACGCCAUUGCUGUGCUCUGGUCUCAGAAAAACCCACAAGGAUCCCUCCUUUUUCCUCCAUUCUUAUUAUUUCCUAUAGAAAAAGAGCACCAGUUCAGAAUCAGACCAAUGCAGGGAAGAUAGGCCUAUGAAUGCUUCCACUCUUGCUGUGAAGCCAGCAGAGAGAGGUGUCACAAUGUGGCAUGGAGAUUAGGUCAAGGAGGCCACAGGAAAAGGAUUAUUACUGAGCUAAGUGGAACAAUGGUCUGACUCAGUAUAAGGCAGCUUCCUAGGUUCCUAUUGGUUUAUUGUUUUGGUAGUCUUGCCCAGGAAAAGUUCACAAAAGAUGCUGAUCCUAUUUCCUGGCUGGUCAACUAACUGCACAGCACUUGACUAAUGUUUUCAGAACCGGCUUGCGUUGCUGUGUGCCUCCCUGAUGAUACAAUGCAGUGCCCUUGUUAACUUUUCUGAUUUUUUUUUUAUGGGGAGGCACUGUCCUUCAGUGUUAGAUCACAUACUUUGCAUGCAGACAGCAGAUGAAGGAAAAGAAGAUGGAGAGCUUCUCUGCCUGUCAGAGGAAGCAGCAGUGAGCUAGUUGGGUAAAUGGACUGACCUAGUAGACAGCAACUUCUAAUGUUCUUGUACUCAAAUUGAUUAUCCAUUUGGGAGAGCAUGGGACUCUUAAUCUCAGUCGUGGGUUUGAGCCCCAAGUUGGGCAAAAGAUUCCUGCAUUGCAGGGGGUUGGACUAGAUGACCCUUGGGGUCCCUUCCAACACUACAAUUCUAUGAUUCUAUAGACUGUUUUCUGCCUCUUGAACUGCUGUUUAUAGCCUGUACUGCAUAGUCAGCAGAAUGACAUGCACUUCACUAGUUCUGGUCAGUAGAGCAAAUAAUGACCCACAGUACUAAAACCAGCAAUUCAAGUUGCUGCAAGGAGUACUAAAUUGUGGAUUGGUGUUAUGGCGGUUGCAUUUCUGACUGGUUUGAAUAUUUUAUCAGGCAUUAAGAGAAUUCACUGCAGAUUAACUUUAAUCAUAAUUACUACAGCCUGUGUCUUAUUCCUUACUUGGUAAUAUUCAAAACAGAAGUCUCAAAACCAUCAUUAGAGGUUCACAGGCCUCCUUCCAAGUUGGAAGCGUCUUAGUUGAUCAGUAGUUCCCUGAUCUCUUUCCUCAACUAAAGCUGUGUUUUGUGCUUUUUUAAUUUGUCUGCAUUAGAAUCAAUAAACUGCUUGAUAUGAAAUCUGAAA